GCGGCUACUGUGUGGUUCGGCAUAGCACGAUAAGAUGAAUGCCAACUAGUACUAAUUCUCAGGGAUGAACGAACGGAACUCAAAAUGUAGUAAAAUCAUAUGAACAAUUCGCAGAAUGGCAUGGGUGAAGCCGUACAAUAUGCGAAGUCGGGAAAUGCUAUUAAAAGAAUAAAAAAAAGAAGAAUUGGUCUCUCCCGCCGGGAAUUGAACCCGGGUCUCGAGCGAAUCGAACUGAUGUUCAAGCUUGACAAGCUCACAUACUGACCACUAUACUACGGAAGAUGUACAACUGUUGAUCAGCU